AAAAUUAAGCUUUGUUUUGUCUCAAAAUUUUACGCACAUUCUCCUGUUCCCCUCCGCAUUAUUUUCUCAAUCAGAAUGCACUCCCCUCGCCUCUACUAUUAUAUCCCCCUCCGCCGCCUCUCUCAGCGCCUCACCGACGCCAGGCUCUCCGUCAUCAACAGCGAGCUCCACCGCUUCCAAUCCCCGAGUCCAGUCACCGCCCCUUCUCCUCGACUAAACUCACCGCCCCGAAAUGAUCCAAAUCAUCACGAACAACAAGAACAAGGCCCAGCGAAAGGAAGAGGAGGAAUAGAAAUAGCUCAUCAAUGGCCAGAAUGGACGGAGCUCGUGGAGAUUCUCUUCAAGAAAGGGUAUCUGGAUCCCUCCGCUGCCGUAGCCGCUUCGAAGAGCCCUAACCUCCUUCGGUCUGCGUGUCUCAACUUCGCUAGAGAUCGAUUUGAUCUUAUCAGAUACUUCUCCCGUAAAGACAUUUACGUCAUGGCUGGAGCAGGAUGCCCUAGCUUAGAUAGGAAAGUUGUCAACUCAGGGAAACGUCUGAGAACUCAUGUCGGCAUUGACGAAGGAGAUGUUUGUAGCUCCUGUAGUUUAAGGGGCAGUUGCGAGAGGGCAUAUGUGAAAGCCCGAGAGGAUGAAUGUGGAAGAACCGUGGAUAUUAUGCGAUUUUUAUUGACAUAUGGGCUUGAUCUCACCAGUGGAUCAUUAAUCAAUCAGGCAUCCAUUACUAAAGUUGUAAAGGGAUCAGUUAGAAAACUGAUGAAUGAAAUGGUGGAGUUUAGUGAAAAGGAAUUUAGUUCCAGUACUUCGAAAGCAACAUCUGUACAAUCAAGUGGAUAUGAAAUCUCCAAAUCUCAGAAAAAUGUCCUUAUGAAGCGGGGUGAUUGGAUUUGUCCCAAAUGCAAUUUUAUGAAUUUUGCAAAGAAUAUCAAAUGCCUACGUUGCAGUGGUGUUUCUCAAGAGAAACUUGACAAGCUGAGGGAAGAACGGGAGCAUCUUCCUUUGAAAAAGGGUGACUGGAUUUGUGAGAAGUGUAAUUUCUUGAAUUUUGCAAAAAACACAAGAUGCUUGCAGUGUCAGGAGAAGCCUUCCAAUCGCCACCUCAAUCCCGGGGAAUGGGAAUGUGUUUCCUGCAAUUACAUCAAUUUCCAGAAAAAUAUGGUAUGCCUGAAAUGUGACUGGAAACGACCUAAAGCAUCAAAUAGCGAAGAAAUUAUUCCUAAGCAACAUCAAUACCUAAAGAGUUCUAGUAUGUCAUUUGUUAGAGACAGUAAAGACACCAGCAAUCCUUGUUCUUUCCCACAAAAGUACUCCUCAGAAGGUGAAGGCUCAAACUUUUGGAGUUGUGACGAGGACGAAACAGGCAAUGAUGAUGACAAGGAAGACAAUACUUGGAUCAGAUUUGCCAACAAUUUUCCUAUCUUGGGAGGCAAGAGUGUUGUUUCUAAAGACCCUUCAAAGAGAGAGAGGUGGAAAGGAGAGAUGUUGAAGAGUAGAGGGGCCUUAUCAAAGAAUUUGGAUGAAAAUGCUGACAAGAUCAGUUACAGCGUUAAUGGACAGGAGUUGGAUGAAUCUAGUGAUGAAGAUAAUAUGGCUGGAUGGUUCCGUAGAAAAAGUGGGAUUAGGAUGGAGAAGUGAAUCAUUAUUCUUGAGGCCUAGUUGGGAAUAUUGCUUAUGAGUUACUGUUUCAUUUAACAAAAUGAGCUAUCAAGGGACAUGAGUAGUGAACUUCAUUUGCUCUGAUUUGACUAUUCCCCAUGCUCGCAAAUUGGCAGAGAGAAUACACAAUGUGGAAGUGAUGACCAGAGGAUGGUGCAGAAGGGGUCAAUGCUGAGAUGUUCUUUCCCUUAAUGAGUGAGAAAUGCGAAUAAUGUUUAUUAGAUUUUCCUGAGUUGAGACAUGCUAAGCUGGAGUUUGUAAUGUGGAGUUUAGUCAACAAAUAAGCAAUCAGCUUUGGUUUGUUAACUUGAUUUUUCUGUGUAUAAUAUUACUGGUAGGAGGGUUGAAAGAUUUGUAUCACAAAUAGUAUUUAUUGACUAGCAUAUAAAUUUGCAAACAUUUAUAAUUCUGUGGUUCAGUGAUGAUUCUAAUGAAAAUAUAAAACCGGAUUGUUA